CUUGUUUGCUGAAGUCGCAAUCACAAAGCUGAGCUGAAUGGCAAACAACACGGGAUAGAGUAAGAUGUUGAAGGUCCGGAAGAUGGACACGAAAGUGGCUUCAAGAUUGGCAGUGUUUAAAAACACAGUCUUCGCGCGGUAGCCCUUGAAUGCAACUAAAGUGCAGAUGUGAAAAUUUCCAGACCGUCCAAGAUAAAGAAUGAUUGGUAAAGGAUUAAAGCGGAAGCUCUCGGAUGAUGACUUACUUGAGGCAGCUGUAAUGCAGAAAGGUACAGGCUUGUAUUUGGACCAAAGGCAGUCUGUACUGAAUAUUUCUCUAGACAAGUUUCAACGUGGUCAAAUGAUGGCAGAGCCCAGCUUAAGGAGGAGUGUACUAAUUGCCAAUACCUUGCGCCAAAUUCAAGAUGAAAUAAGACAAGAAAACUCUGGUAUGCUAGCAGAAAACUGUUCUAAUGCCACUACAGGCACUGGUACAAUUAAUGGUGCCCAUUCUGUGCCACCUGUAGUUGAACCCAGUAACAAUCGAGAAGUGCCUCCUCAGCGCUUGUCCUUGGAGAACCACCCUUUAAGUUCUAGUGAGGGGGAUGAUUGGAUGAUGCUUUCUUCUGAGGAAGACUUUUCAUUAUCCUCUGCCAUCUCAUCCAUUUUAAAGGAGUUGGAUGUGGUCCUUGACGGAAGUUCAGCUCCUGUUCCACCUAGGAUACCUCUUAGCUCAAUUGAAAAUGUGACAACGGAAACCAAAGGCAGCCCUGGUGUGAAGCUAGACACUUUAGUCUGCAAAUCGGACAGAUCUGGUAAUUAUGCUGAUGGGUAUAAACUCUGCGACUCUGUGUUUGGCAACUUUGAGGUCCUGAGCUCUAGUUACCUGAAUGAUGUUCCUCUGGAUGAUCUUUUCCUAGAUAUAGAUACCUCAGUGUAUGAAAGAGAAUCUGGAUCUCUUGGAUCUGUUCUCAGUGGUCGGACCUUUUCCACUACAGCUGGUGAGGAGCUCUUGAAGUAUUUACCCUCCUGCAGUCCAUCCUUCACAACAAACCCUAGUUGUAGAGACUUGAAUGAGCUUGAACACAUCAUGGAAAUUUUAGUGGGUUCAUAAAUACAGUAUUCCAAUAUAUUUUGAUAUCUCCACUUUGACUACAGACUGUUAUAAAUUUCUGAAAUUAAUUUUGUGUUACAACUUGAACCCUGAGCAGAAAACUAAGGACUUGAAUUUUUCAGGGUGGCAGUAAGUUUGAUCCUGCAGCUUCACUGUAACGCAGAUUGUGGCCUUAGACUAAGUCUAACCGUGAAUUUUGGAACAAAAUUUUAGAACAAAUAUGUUUUAGAAGGGUUCUUUACACAUUGUCUUCUGUGAAGACCAUUUUAUUGUAACUGUUGGCAAGUAAUGAAAUUGUACUAUAAACUAAGCACCACAGUGUUUUGUAAAUAUCGGGCCGAUAUGAAAUCCAUUUUCCAUCACCACCCACUGUUCACUGUUUAGGUUGUGUGGGGAGCCAAAGCCUAUCCUGACAGCUCAAAGUUCUGCUUUCUACAUCCAAUGGAAAUAUCAGUGUUCACCUUGAUAAAAUAUUUCAUUAGGUCCAAUGAACUCUUUUGUCUAAGAGCAGAGGUUAUUUUGUCAACCGUGAUUUGAUCUAUGGGAGGAAGAUCUCCAAGAUGUUUGCUUCAGUCAUGUUUAAAGAGAAAGCCAUCAUAGUUAACUGUUUAAAAUACUCUGGUUUUAGAUUAUGGUCCAUCUUGUGUCUUGUUCAAGACCAUUUCUGUAAGACUAUAAUGUUUGCCUUUUUAGAAAGCAUUGCAGCAUUGUAAGUGGACCUUCUAAACAUCACAGACCUCAGAUUACCACUGCCAUUUUGCUUUUUUGCAAACAAACCAGUGGGGCAAUAUUUUUAAAUAUCAGCGUAUUUUGAUUCCUGAAUUCAUCUUGCAAAACUUUACAUUGCAGCUGCCUUCUUGUGUGGCACUGAGCCUACCUUUUAAUUUUAUUAAGAGCACCUUUCUUCAUAUGAUUCGAGGAAACCACAAAUGACAACAGAUUAAUUGGCAUCUGUCACUUUUCCCCAUGCAUUUUCAUAUUUCAGGUUCUGGUAGUUUAGACCUACAACAUACGCUAAUAAUGUGCAUGCUACCUCAUAGUUAAUAAGUCUCUUUUUAAUAUAUAUAUAAUGAAAGAGUAAUCAAUUUUUUUCAGCUGAUAAAAUAUUCCGAUCCAAAGAAUCCACUAAGCUGCAAUGUUUUUAAUAGUUAUGUAUGUGGAAGGUAAGCAUCUACAGAAAAAUGUAGCAUAGGGCUAAGCCCACUAAAAGUUUCUGUUUCUGCAUUUAACUUUCUAAUGUCUUUUAGCCUGUAUUUUUUAUAUUAAAAAAUAGUACAUAUUGUAUGUAAAAAGAUAAGGGGUGUAGAAUCCCAAAGAUUUUAAUAUUUAUAUAGAAGUUCCUAAUAGAUUAAAACAACAAUAUUUAUUAAGUAAUUCUUAGAAUUGUAGAAGGUUUCAGAAUUAAAAUGGCAGUUCAGUAAGAGGUAAUGGUGUGGCAUGAGGGUCCAACAUUCUUAUUCCGCUUUGGUCUGGUUACAUUAAUGAUCACGACUUUUUGAAUGACAGUGGUUUUUAAACAUCAAUGUUUCUGCCUGUAUUCUUUCCUAUUAUGUCUGUCUUCUUACUCUUGCUCCUUUGGCUGAUAAAAGAAUGUCCAUAGUACUAAAGGCACAGUUCUGAUGUAAAAGGGCACUGCCCAGGUCAAAUGCCUAUGCAUUUUUGUAGUAGAGAGUCUAAUGUUUACUGUAAGAUCUACUGAAGGGUUCUUUUGAAAACAAACUGCAACCAGACAUUUGAGCUGCCAUUGCUGCUACACUUUUUUAUACAAAUGGACUAGAGUAAGGAUACUACACUUUACCAUGUUCAUUUAAAUUUAACCCUGUACAUCAAAAUGCCAAUGCUAUAUAGUAACUCUUUAAAGGCCACUGGGUGUGGCUAACUUUCAGGUAACUAGUAACCCAAUGUUGACAUUUAAUAGUUAAUUUUCUUUCUUUUAAAUUAUUUUUUGAGAUCUUCUCAUGGAUGAAUUUAAAGCUCAGUUCUAUCUGCAUUUCAGAUUCUUACAAUUAAUUUGAGAAAAUUCUAUAAAUUAUUUUUUAUUUCUGUUUGUUGUUGGCUUUUUUUCCCCCAUUAUUGUGGAAAGUCUUUCAUGUGGACAGCUGCCUCAAGUUUGCUUUGCCUAAUACUACAACUGUUUUUAAUUUAUCCAAUACAACGAUGUGGCUAAUGUUGCGCACGGUUAUACUGUAGGAGCUAGAAAGCUGUGAUCUCUGAGACACCUGUUCUAGAAAAAAAUGUCCUGUGGAUUUGAUGUGCUAAAGUCUUGCUGCCUAUGUAGUUUGCAAUGGAAGAAAUCCAAUGAAAAUAAAAUGCAGAAUUAAUUUUGGCUUGCACCUUAAAGUUGCUGAUCAGUAUUUUAGAGGCUUUGGUAUAAAAAGUGCUGCAAGCAAAGUGGCAACUUGUUUAGUUUACGGUUAGCCAUGUUGUACAUACAGGACAUACAGUCCAGCUAACAGAAGGAGGGGGGGUUGGGGUGGGGUUGUCCUGAUCAAUGUAUCUGGAGAAGGGCUUCGACUUUUGGCAGAAAACUGUUGGCUUUUACAUUUUUAUAUUUAAAUAGUGUAAUUUAAGGGAAGUAUUUCAGAUUUAUUUUUACUUUUCAAAUAGUUAUAUUUAAUGUUUAUUUAUAAUACAUGCAAAGAGGAACAAUGGCUUCACAUGUUUCUAACAAUAGACUAUGAUAUGCAAAUAAAGCCUGGAUACAUUUUACUGGUGUAAGCCAGAGAACAAAAUGUUACAGCUUUUAAAUAAGGACAAUUCGAGCACUACUGGUGGAAGUGCCCAAACUAUGCAAAUAAUGUAAAAUGGAUUUGAUGCCAUGUAUCUCUUCUGCAAAUAAAUUGUCAAAUUACUGAU